CCCCGCCGCGCCGUGCCCAGCCCCUGGGCUCCCCGGUACGUCCCCGGGUGUUGGCGGCUCCCCGCGGAGCCAGCCCCGACUGACUAACCCGUGCUAGCCGGCGUGAGAAAACAGACCUCUAGACUGACCCCUAGACCAGAAAUAGGUGCGUGAGACUUGAGGUACUAGGUAUGUUUGUGCCCUGUCUGGACAGGGCAAGUCUUGAGUUCACCUAGGGUUGAAGGCGAACGAGCAGCGUCAGGGAAAACGCACUAACCUGCGCUGGGGUGUUGGUUUCCAGCAGCAGCCAGUGCCACCUAUUCCAGGGGGAGGAGGGGAUGUGAAGCUCUACUAAUGUUAUUGCUGAGCUGCACUUGCGAUAGCUCUUGAAGCUGUUAAGCCUGGAGAUCUGGAUUUUGUCUCUGCUGCAGGGAUGUUGGGAUGUUGGAUUCCUCCUGUGCAGAGUGCUGUCGGGGACUGGAGAGGUUGCCUAGUCUGCAGCACUGAGCUGGCUGGGGCUGGGGAGCCAUGUCAUCAGUUAUGGAGGGCUCGGAGGGGGGAGAAGAAGGGGAGAACUUACACUAUGAGGAAACAGAAGAUGACAAUGUCAGUCCCACCGACCUCUCCGAGCUGCUGAAGGAAGGGACAAAGGAAUCCCAUGAUCGUGCAGAGAAUACUCAGUUUGUCAAAGACUUCCUGAAAGGACGGAUCAAAAAGGAGCUUUUCAAGCUUGCUACUGUGGCGCUCUACUACACGUACUCUGCUCUGGAAGAGGAAAUGGAUCGCAACAAAGACAACCCCGUCUUUGCCCCUCUGUAUUUCCCUCAAGAACUCUACCGGAGAGAAGCAUUGGUCAAAGACAUGGAGUAUUUCUAUGGAGAAGACUGGAAAGAGAAGAUCCAGUGUUCAGAAGCAACUAAGAAUUAUGUGGACAGAAUCCAUCAUGUGGGACAGCAUGAGCCAGAGCUGCUAGUGGCCCAUGCUUACACACGCUACAUGGGGGACCUCUCAGGUGGCCAGGUGCUGAAGAAGGUAGCCCAGAGGGCCCUGAAGCUGCCCAGUACUGAGGAAGGGAUCCAGUUCUACAUGUUUGAAAACAUUUCCAAUGCACAACAGUUCAAGCAGCUCUACAGAGCAAGGAUGAAUGCUCUAGACUUGGACAAGAACACUAAGGAAAGGAUUGUGGAAGAGGCCAACAGGGCUUUCAGAUUUAACAUGCAGGUUUUUGAUGAAUUGGACAAGAUUGGCAUGUCACUAAUGGAAGAAGCCCAAGAUGGAGGCGUCCCAGUCCAUGAUGGAAAAGGAGACCUACGUAAAUGCCCUUACUAUGCAGACAAACUAGCUGGCAAGGCAGGACCUGGCUGUCCCUAUCAUGCUGCCAUGGCGUUGGCAAAGCAGCCCAUAGUGCAGCUGAUCCUUGCAGCUUGUGUUGCUGUGGCAGCAGGAGUUGCAGCAUGGUACGUAAUGUGAUGGGAAGAACAGUCUGCAGCUCUAGAUGGUGGCGAAAGGAGAGAUGCACCCUGUUCUUCUUCAGACUGUUCCCUUGCUACUGGUGGAGUUGACUGCAGGGUGCAAGUAAGACAAUAAACAGAAUCCGGAGGGACUGUCCAGGACUUUCUGCACACCAGCAAUGCAAGCACUGUAUUGUAAUGUCUUAGCUAACUAGGGUACAGGAUUGAGUGGGCAUGAGAACUCCAAGUCAGCACUACUCUGUUUAGACUGGGGCAACUUUUAAGGCUACAUAUGUUGUGUCCUGUACUGGCAAAGGCUUCACAUGCUUGGCUUUCCAUCUCCUUCCUGGAAGUGGUCUCCAUAGGGAGUUUUGUGCCCUGGACUGCAACCCAGGGAGGUGUCAUCAGUCUUCUCGGUGUAGAGCACUCAGUUUCUUAUCAUGAGAAACUGGGGGAGAUACUGUGAUGAUACAGUGGCUAUGCCACAAGGCUGUUAGUUCAGAGAGGGAAUGUAUUGCUUGCUCUGGUGUCCUGGGGACCAACUGUAACUUGUGCUGGGGGAAGGACUCUGCCCUCUUACAGGAUGGUUAGAGGGAGGGCUGUUCUCCCUGGAUGAGGAGACAGGACCAAAUGUGUGGGUGGGGUAUGAAGGUGACAUGUUUAUUGUACAAUGUUGAUCUUGCUGAAGCCUUGACUGGAAUAAAAAGUUGCUAUGCUGCAGCAGG